AUGUCCAGGUUAGCCAAAUGGUCUUCAAACUGCACCCGGCGCAGUAGCUUGCGCCAACAAGUGCCUGCUAGUGGGCGCUGUGCUGCUGCAAGCCUCAAUGAAUUCAACGCUGCGGUCCACGUCGUAGCUGACAAAACAUUGGCAUUGCUGCUGCCGGGAUCCGGUGCGGCUGCGUUGAUCUUUGACGGUCGGCUGGAUUACUUUGCCAUGGCUGCGCUUCCACUUUUGCGGCGUUUGCUCGAGGCUUUUCCGAAAGUACGUUCCUCUUGGCAAGAAGAGCCGACUGGACGACAGAACACGUGUGUGAUGGAAGUGGCGACCAAAGAAGUGCUGCUUCUGUUUUUGAGGCUUCUGGGGCCAACAAUUCCUCCGGAUAUGGACCCUCUUCAUCGCGCCAGAACUGCAAGCCUAGCAAAGAUCCUGGCGACCGUGUCGCUGCAGAGGCUUCUUGAGAAGGGCUUUUCGCUGCUCACCAUGCUCGCAGCCUCGGCUUUGACCACUUGGCGCUCCCACAGCCUCUUCCCUGCGGCGCAGGUGCAAGUGCCGGAUGUGACAGCUGUGGUUUCGGCAGCUGCUGCUAUGCACAAUUCAGGAAGCGCAGGAAGCGACAUCCUGGAGGCCAUCAGGACGCAAAGAAGUCUUCAAAGAAGCCUUUGGCAAAAGACAUCGUCCUUUGGAGCCAGUCCCAUCUUUCGGCAGAUUGCAGCUUGGCUCCUCGAGGCGCCUGAAGAUUUGCCGCAGGUGGUUUACAUGACCAUGUUUUUCGGGGACCUCGGGAACAGCAGCUGGGUGUCACGCUUCCUCGAUCGAGCUUUGGUCGUCGGAUUGCCCCGCAUCAUCUUCGCGAGCCCAGAUCCAGCGUACCUGCACGACUGCGCAGAUGUGGCGCAGAUAUGGAGGGCUCGAGGCGACGCAUACAACAGGCUGCUUUGUUUCCGCAGUUUCUCCACCGUCGCGAGACCCUAUGACAUCAACAACUAUGCAAAAUUUGUGCUUCUUCCGCUACUGUUGGCGCUCGGCAUGAGCUAUGCCUGGUUGGACAUUGACAUCUUCGUGGCCCAGAAUCCCACGCAGCGGCUUCUGAACUUGGCACAGACGGCGGAUGUCCUGACGACGGACCACUUCGACGAGACCUGCUUGAACCAUGGCGUCAUCUUCGUGAAGGCCUCGGACAGAACUCUUCACUGGGCACUGAGCUACAUUAGGUGGAUGCAUGUAUAUCCAUUUGGGCACGACCAAAAUGGCUGGGAUGCCUUUCUCGGUCAUUCGAUUGAGUUCGAGCCGUUAGUUCCCUCAAAUCGUAACAUCACUCUUCGAGUUCUGGACACGGGGAAAGAGUUCUUGACUCUGACCGGCUGGGCAGGUGACGAUGCCGACCUGCCAGCUGCCUUGCUCUUACACCUUACACGAACGACACCAAUUGGCGUGAUGGAGAAGCGGACUCGCUUUCUCGAGAUGCUCGACUCCACACUUCCAUCCCUGGACGCAGACAUGGCGCGGCUUCGAGAUUUGGAGGUUCUGCGCGCAGCUCUGUCUCCGCUGAGGGCGGCUCAGCCCUCGCCCAAGCGAUCGUGCUACGAGGGUGUCCAUGUUGCGGUCGAGGAGGCUGUGCACGAUGGAAGCUACUGGCAUCUCUUUAAGUGA